AUGCCCUUGGCCAGUUUGAUAGCACCACCAGAUGAAGGUGUAGACCGACGGGCAACUCAGUGCUUUAGUGUGCCAGGCGGUGCUUUGCCACAGGCGAAAUUCCCAGCACUAUACGAAGACAUGGCAAUAUCGUCCCAGUAUGAGUUCACGUCUGAUGGUGGAAGAAUCCAGAAGAUGGUUCUGUUGCCAAGCGAUUUGUUCGCAUCUGACGCGGCCCAGGAAAACGUACGGAGAAGCGACUCCGGACGAGUGCGUGGUCGGAAGCAACAGACAAGCGGCAGUCAGUUGUUGAUCCGCACCAUCAGUAACUGA